CAAUUGCCCUGUACAGUAGUCAUGCAGCGAUCUAGGCUAGUCAUAAUAUUAAUAAUCAGUAUUUCAGCUUGCCUAAAUGCUGAAAAAGUGUGUGAAAUAUCAACAAUUUGCGGGAAUGCAGCAUCCAUUCGAUCUCAGAUGAUUGCAGUGCGAGUAGAGCAGGAGCGACAUGGCGAGUUACUAGAAGAUCUUAAUGAAAAAGUGGAAAGUUGUCUAUCCAAAAUUGGAGUGGAGACUAAGUGGUAUGGAAAAAGCUGUGCCGAACCUUCAGUGCUUACCCAGCACAGUGAAAUCAAUGUGAUCGUGGUGCCCGAGUACAGUAAACACCCGUUUGUGGUGGCCUGUGAUCAGCUGAGUCAAGGUGGCGGUUGGACUAUAUUCUUACGUCGCUCAGACGGUAGCGAGGACUUUUUCCGGGAUUGGAACGACUAUAAAAACGGUUUUGGGAAAUUGGAGAAUGAAUUUUUCCUAGGACUCGAUAAGCUACACGCCAUAACUUCAUCCCAGACCCAAGAAAUGUUGGUUCUUUUGGAGGACAACGAGGGAGAGCGGCGUUACCAGAUGUAUGAUAACUUUAGAAUCGGUUCAGAGAAGGACGGUUUCGCCCUCGAAUCAUUGGGUAAUACCUCAGGUAAUGCCGGUGAUGCUAUGGCCACCCAUUUGGGCCAAAAGUUCACUACCAAAGAUCGCGAUAAUGACAAACAUGGAACUGUGAACUGUGCCACAAAUUACAGCAGUGCUUGGUGGUACAAUGCCUGCCAUCACAGCAACUUGGCUGGUAAAUAUGGAGAUACUGCACAUGGAAAGGGCAUUAACUGGUAUCAGUGGAAGGGACACACCUACUCGCUAAAACGUGCCCAAAUGAUGAUCAGACCAAAGAGGCAGUGCCAUUGAAGUGUAUUUCGAACGUAUAUAAACUAUAAUAUGAAUAUAUAUAUGUUUUUGUGACU